AUGAAACGUCAUGAGUUCUUUAUCGGUAAAACUUUUGGUCAACUUUAUCCCGAAAGAUUUGGAAUAGACAUUAAUAAUGCUCGUAAGGUGUUAAAUUUGAUUCGUCAAGUUCUUCCUGGACCUAUGCAGGCUACACCAUCUAUAUCUAUGGACAAUUUGUUUGGGUGGGUUCGUCAACAUUUUGAAAAAUAUGCAGUUACAGGGUCAAGACUCAGUGUUCAAUUUGAAGGAGUUGGUGGGAUUGGAGAUGGUGUGGCUCGUGAAUUUUUUUCUAAAUUAUCACUUGAAUUUUCACAAAUUUGCCGGAAAAUGUGGGUUCAUGAUGUAAAGUACAAAAAGCCAUACAAACAAAAUGACCCUAUUGAUAAUGAUAAUGGAUUAUACCCUGCAUUAUUGGAUGAUCAAAUUGAUGAAAAAAUGGACGGAGAAUCUAAAGAAGGAAUUGAAAUAGUGGAUGAGUCAAAUGAAGUAACCAAGAAAGAAAAUUUAAAGAAUGAAGAAUUGAAUAUCUUGGAGAACUUUCAACUUCUUGGCCAAUAUGUUGCGAAGGUUAUAUACGAUGAUCGAAUGAUUAUAUUAAGAUUGAACAGGACUUUCAUCGAUAUUUUGUUACAUCCAGAACAUUUGUUACGAAAACUUCCACAGGGAAUCGAUUUAAGUGAGGAAGACUGCUUGAAAAUUGUUGAUCUGAUCGAGUCAGUAUAUCCAUCAUUUGGUUCUAACCUACGGAAAAUACUUAAUAAUAAUGACCUUGACGAAAAAGAUUGCAUUCCAUACGACAUUAUGACUGGUCGUACGACGUCGGUAGUUGGAUCCGACGGAAAAAAAAGGGAGCAACCAUAUAGUAUUAACCAUGGGAAUGAUUCUGAUGAGUGGGUAACGCGUAAAAACAUAGCUCGAUACAUCGCAGUAUGCAGAGAUUGGUUUUUUAAUCGUGGAAUCACACUGCAGGUUAAAGCCUUUAAAGAAGGGUUUAACCGGGUAUUUCCCAUUGAAGUCAUGCGAGAAUAUACAGCGACAGAGUUCGCAUUAUAUUUUCUGCAUCAAGGAGGAGAUGGAGAUUGGAGUAUAGAAACACUACGGCAGUACGUCCAGCCAUAUGAUACAAAUACCAACAAUGAAGAAGUUGAAAAAGUAAUCCAGAUAAUGGCAGAAUAUGACACAGACAACCGAAAGCGAUUUUUACGUUUUGCGACGGGAAGCUCGAAACUUCCGAUUGGAGGGUUUGAAGCCUUGAAUCUAAAAGUAUUUAGAGAUUCAGGCUUGGAUGAACGUGCGUUGCCUAAGGCGCGUACGUGUUUCAAUAGGCUUAUUAUUCCACCAAAUAAUUCGAAAGAGGAAUUAGUUAGAAAACUGGAAUUUGCAUUUGCAAAUUGUCCUGAUAUUGAUCGAGGCUAA